AUGUCCUACGUCAGCUCAGGUCAGGAGCUCCUCAAUACGUUACGGAGGACCAGCAAAGAGUCUUCCACAAAGAUGCGCUCACUACUAACCGUCAUCCUGACCUUGUGCAUGAUCGUCGAAAGGUCACGAGGGAAGAUCUUUGACCUUUCACACGAACACACUGAGAACACGUUCUUCUUUGACGGAUACGUGGCAUAUGGACGUUUAAUGGUUCAGGCGGGCACGGUCCCAUGGGGCAUCUUCGUGGAAAGCGGCGUGAUAAUGAGUUCAGAACAUUCCGGAACACACAUGGAUGCCCCAUCCCAUUUCAAAGAAAAUGGCGCAUCACUGGAGGAAAUCCCAGUGGAAAAAACCAUCGCUGACGGUGUGCUCAUUGACUGCACAUGGGAGGCAAGCCAGGACAGAGAAUACCUGGUCACUGUUGAGACCGUUUGUAGAAUUUCCAAAGCUUACAACCAGUGCAAUCCAGACUACCACUACCAGUAA